GCCGGACUUCGGCGGAGCCUCCGGCCUGGGGCAGGAUCCGGGCCCCUUCCUGGGGGUGUUUCCUGCCUGGUCCGCCCUUCCCCGCUCUCCCCGCCCCCUCUCCGGGCCGCUCCUUGUAUGGUCUGGGCGCCGCUCUCUCUCCGCCUCCUCCCUCCUCCCUCCCUCCUCCUUCCGUGGGUCCUUCCCCGCCCGGCUCGAGGCUGCUCCGGACCGGGACGCAGAGUCCGCGGACCCGGCGCCGAGGCGGCCACCCGAGACGCGGCGCGCACGCUCCGGCCCGCGCAGCCCGGCCUGGCCAUGGCGGCCCCCCGCCCGUCUCCCGCGAUCUCCGUUUCGGUUUCGGUCUCGGCUCCGGCUUUUUACGCCCCGCAGAAGAAGUUUGGCCCUGUGGUGGCCCCAAAGCCCAAAGUAAAUCCCUUCCGGCCUGGGGACAGCGAACCUCCCCCGGCGCCUGGGGCCCAGCGCGCACAGAUGGGUCGGGUCGGUGAGAUCCCCCCGCCGCCCCCGGAAGACUUUCCCCUACCCCCACCUCCCCUCGCUGGGGAUGGCGACGAUGCGGAGGGUGCUCUGGGAGGUGCCUUCCCGCCGCCCCCUCCCCCGAUUGAGGAAUCGUUUCCCCCUGCGCCUCUGGAGGAGGAGAUCUUCCCUUCCCCACCCCCUCCGCUGGAGGAGGACGGAGGGCCUGAAGCCCCCAUACCGCUCCCACCACAGCCCAGGGAGAAGGUGAGCAGUAUUGACCUGGAGAUCGACUCUCUGUCUUCACUGCUGGAUGACAUGACCAAAAAUGAUCCUUUCAAAGCCCGGGUGUCAUCUGGAUAUGUGCCCCCACCAGUGGCUACUCCAUUCAUUUCCAAGUCCAGUACUAAGCCUGCAGCCGGGGGCACAGCACCCUUGCCUCCUUGGAAAGCCCCUUCCAGCUCCCAGCCUCUGCCCCAGGCUCCCACUGUGAGCCAGACACAGUUCCCUGUUCAACCCCAGCCCCAGCCCCAGGCUAAGCCUCAGGUCCAACUCCAUGUCCAGCCCCAGCCCCAGCCCCAACCUGUGUCUUUGGCUAACACCCAGCCCCGAGGUCCCCCAGCCCCAUCUCCGGCACCAGCCCCUAAGUUUUCUCCACUGACUCCUAAGUUUACUCCUGUGGCUUCCAAGUUUAGUCCUGGAGCCCCAGGUGGACCUGGGUCGCAGCCGAAUCAAAAAUCGGGGCACCCCGAAGCUAUUUCCACUGGCACAGGCACUCCUCAACCUCCCAGCUUCACCUAUGCUCAGCAGAGGGAGAAGCCCCGAGUGCAGGAGAAGCAGCACCCUGUGCCCCCACCCGCUCAGAACCAAAACCAGGUGCGUUCCCCGGGGGCCCCAGGGCCCCUGACUCUGAAGGAGGUGGAGGAGCUGGAGCAGCUGACUCAGCAGCUAAUGCAGGACAUGGAGCAUCCUCAGAGGCAGACGGUGGCCGCCAAUGAACUCUGUGGCCGAUGCCAUCAGCCCCUGGCCCGGGCUCAGCCAGCCGUCCGUGCCCUGGGGCAGCUGUUCCACAUCGCCUGCUUCACCUGCCACCAGUGCGCCCAGCAGCUCCAGGGCCAACAGUUCUACAGCCUGGAGGGGGCACCGUACUGCGAGGGCUGCUACACUGACACCCUGGAGAAAUGCAACACCUGUGGGCAGCCCAUCACCGACCGCAUGCUGAGGGCCACAGGCAAAGCCUACCACCCGCAGUGCUUCACCUGUGUGAUCUGCGCCCGCCCCCUGGAGGGCACCUCCUUCAUCGUGGACCAGGCCAACCGGCCCCACUGUGUCCCCGACUACCACAAGCAGUACGCCCCGAGGUGCUCCGUCUGCUCAGAGCCCAUCAUGCCUGAGCCUGGCAAAGAUGAGACCGUGCGAGUGGUCGCCCUGGACAAGAACUUCCACAUGAAGUGUUACAAGUGUGAGGACUGCGGGAAGCCCCUGUCGAUUGAGGCAGAUGACAAUGGCUGCUUCCCCCUGGACGGUCGCGUGCUCUGUCGGAAGUGCCACACUGGUCGAGCCCAGACCUGAGUAAGGAGUGGCCCUCUGCAGACUGCAGCCCAUGCCCACUGUGGACCACCCACACUGAGACCACCUGCCCCCACCUCAGUUAUUGUUUUGAUGUCUAGCCCCUCCCAUUCCCAGCCCCACGCUAGCAUCCCAGGUGCCCUGACCCUGGGCCCGAGGUUGCCUGGGGUGCAGAGUUCCCCACCCUGGGGUGUAGUCCUCACCCAUCCCACAGGGACUGCCCACCGUCCUCCAGGACCCCACCUGAGGGGCACCAGGUUUAGUGCUGCUGCCUUCACUGCUGCACCCACACCCUCGGCCGGCCCCCGAGCAGCCUUUGUACUCCCUCCAGGACGUCCCCACCCUCUCCUGUGCUGCCAGGUUGUAGCUAUAGCUACAAAUAAAAAAACCUUGUUUUCCAGAA